AUGAGUUACAACAAUCCAUAUCAGAUGGAGACCCCUUUCGAGGAAUCAUAUGAAUUGAACGAAGGCUCCAGUGCUGCCGGUGCCGAUGGCCACGAUUUUGUGGGGUUUAUGAAUAAGAUCAGCGAGAUUAAUCGCGAUCUUGAUAAGUACGAUCACACCAUCGACCAAAUUGAUUCACUGCACAAGAGGCUUCUGACCGAAGUCAAUGAAGAGCAGGCGGGCCAUUUGAGGCAUUCUUUGGACAAUUUCGUGGCACAAGCGAAAGAUUUGCAAUUUAAACUGAAAAGUGAGAUCAAAAGUGUUCAAAUGGACGGGAUACACGACACAAAUAAACAAGCUCAGGCAGAAAACUCCAGGCAAAGAUUCUUGAAGCUGAUCCAGGACUAUAGAAUCGUGGACUCCAACUACAAGGAAGAGAACAAAUCCCAAGCCAAGAGGCAGUACAUGAUCAUUCAGCCAGAGGCCACCGAAGACGAAGUCGAAGCCGCUAUAAGUGAUGUGGGAGGCCAGCAGAUAUUUUCACAAGCGUUGUUGAAUGCAAACAGACGUGGAGAAGCCAAGACUGCUCUUGCAGAGGUCCAGGCAAGACACCAGGAGUUGCUGAAAUUGGAAAAAUCCAUGGCUGAACUAACACAGUUGUUCAAUGACAUGGAAGAGCUCGUAAUAGAACAACAGGAGAACGUGGACGUCAUUGAUAAGAACGUUGAAGACGCUCAACUGGACGUAGAGCAAGGUGUCGGCCACACAGACAAGGCCGUCAAGAGUGCCAGAAGAGCAAGAAAGAACAAGAUCAGAUGCUGGUUGAUUGUUUUCGCCAUCAUCAUUGUUGUCGUCAUCGUCGUUGUCGUGCCAGCCGUUGUUAAAUCGCGUUGA